CCGAGCUUUUUCAAAGCGCUACAAAACCCUAGCUUUCAAUCUCCCUCCUCCCUCUAUGCGUAGAAGAAAGUACCCCCUCUUCGGCGCCGCUCAGUACGCGACCUCCCGAGACCGCCAGAGAGACGACGAAAGAAAUGGCCGAAGUCAAGGCGGUGGUUCCGGAGUCGGUGUUGAAGAAAAGGAAGAGAAGUGAGGAGUGGGCUUUGGCGAAAAAGCAAGAGGUUGAGGCUACCAAAAAGAAGAAUGCCGAGAACCGCAAGUUGAUUUACGUCAGAGCGAAGCAAUAUUCAAAGGAGUACGCGGAGCAGGAGAAGGAGCUGAUUUGCUUGAAGCGCGAGGCAAAAUUGAAAGGAGGCUUCUAUGUUGACCCAGAAGCUAAGCUUCUGUUCAUCAUCCGGAUCCGUGGUAUCAAUGCUAUGCACCCGAAAACAAGGAAGAUCUUGCAGCUGUUGCGUUUGAGACAGAUCUUUAAUGGGGUCUUCCUCAAAGUGAACAAAGCGACUGUGAAUAUGCUGCACAGGGUUGAGCCUUACGUGACUUUUGGGUACCCCAACUUGAAGAGUGUGAGAGAACUGAUUUACAAGAGGGGGUUUGGAAAGUUGAACAAGCAAAGAAUUGCUUUGACCGAGAAUUCAGUCAUUGAGCAGGCUUUGGGCAAGUAUGGCAUCAUCUGCAUGGAAGACCUCAUCCAUGAGAUCAUGACCGUCGGACCUCAUUUCAGGGAAGCUAAUAACUUCCUGUGGCCAUUUAAGCUCAAGGCACCACUGGGGGGCAUGAAGAAGAAGAGGAACCACUAUGUCGAAGGAGGAGAUGCUGGAAACCGUGAGAAUUACAUCAAUGAGCUCAUCAGGAGGAUGAAUUAAGCUUGUCGCAGCAGUUCUGGUAGUUUUGCUAUUUUGAGGCUUUGCAUUUUGCAGAAAGACUUUUAGUCUUGGUUCAUUUUCAAGCAGGAUAAGGUUUUGCUCUGAAGUCUUAUCUUUGUGAUGGUGUUUGCCUUUAUUCAAUUGUUUACAAUCAAAGUUCCUAUAUUUAGCCAACCAAA